AUGCCUACGAUCACACUCUGGUUUCUCCAAGCAUCGAGGUGCAUACGCACUGCAUGGCUUUUGGAGGAGCUGGGGCUUGACUACAAUGUCAAAUUCUCUGACAGAGUGAAUGGGAAGGCGCCUGAAGACUUCAAGUUGGCAUCGGGCAAUCCUCUGGGGAAAUUCCCUACCCUUCAAGAUGGUGACCUAACUGUUUGUGAAAGUGGCGCAAUAACGGACUACCUAUGCGAAACGUACGACAAAGAGGGUCGUCUCCUACCACACGAUCCCAAAGAGCGCAUCAAGAUCCGCCAGUGGACUCACGCUGCAGAAGCCACAUUCGCACUCCACGCCCUCGCCAUUCUCUACGCGCGAUGGCACAUCCCCGAAGAUGCGCCUGAAGGCCUCCUUGAAGCCACCGAGAAGAAUAUGUCGGCUAAUGUGCAGAACGACAUGUCUUGGCUCGAAACCGAGUUGUCGCUCUCGUCAGGCAAGUUUAUCUGCGGCGAUCACGUCACCGCCGCGGACACCAUGAUGCAGUUCUCAGCCGAGUUCAUUGUUGCGAGGGAGCUUGGAAUAAAGGGCAGGGAGUAUCCGAAUGUCAACAAGUGGUUGGAUGCUUGUAGAAAGACCGAGAGCUACCAACGCGCGUUGAAGAAGACGGGACAUAAGAUCUAA